GCAACUCCCGCUAACCCCACUAGCUGGUGCACGUUGAGCUUCUUUCCUUUUUCUUCUUUAGGGAGAGAGAGAGAGAGGAAGAGAGUACCAAAUAGAGAAAAAUGGCGGCGUGGAAUUCCGUUUAUCUUGAAGUAACGUACCAGGUACUCGGAUGGAUCGCGUUCUUCGCUUGGUCCUUCAGCUUCUACCCUCAAGUUCUCCUCAAUUUCAAACGCAAAAGCGUGGUCGGAUUGAACUUUGAUUUCUUGGUGCUGAAUUUGACGAAGCACUCCUCAUAUCUGAUUUAUAACGCCGCGCUUUUCUUUAGCCCUGUAAUCCAGAGGCAGUACCGUGAGAAAUAUGGAUAUGAUGAGAUGAUUCCUGUGGCAGCAAAUGAUGUUGCUUUCUCAACACAUGCAGUUUUAUUGACAGGAUUCACCUUGUUCCAAGUUUUGAUAUAUGACAGAGGAAAUCAGAAGGUGUCAAAGAGCUGCAUACUGAUCAGUUCCGUUGCCUGGGCAGCUGCUUUAGUUUCCUUAAUUGUUGCAUGGCCUAAGCAUUCUUGGCUAUGGCUUGUUUCCGUGUUCAACACCUUACAAGUUAUCAUGACAGCGAUUAAGUACAUCCCCCAGGCAUUCAUGAACUUCAAACGCAAGAGCACAGUAGGAUGGAGCAUUGGGAAUAUUUUGCUUGAUCUAACUGGUGGACUGCUCAACUUUGUCCAAAUGUCUGUUCAGUCUAUAGACCAAAAUACAUGGGUAAACUUCUACGGCAAUAUAGGGAAGACCCUGCUUUCGCUGGAGGUUGUAUUCUUUGAUAUCCUCUUCAUACUACAGCAUUACGUGUUUUAUCCUGUCAACAAGAACGAAGAAGCUGCCCAAUCAGUUUCUGAUGGACCUAACGCUCCACUUAUUAAUUCUCCGGAGGACUCUAAGGAGUCCGCUUGAGAAAAAAUUAUUGUUCGUGCUUCCACACAGCCCUGUGAUAAGGAAGAAACGGAAUCGAUGGGCAAUGCUCGAUAAAUUUGACUGUCAAAUGCAUGAAAUUUAAGUGCAUGCACGUAAUAUGUAGUGGUGUAGUUGAGAUGGGGAACAAGCUUCAGUCAAUUACUCUACAACAGAUUUUUUUGUGUUUUCUUCGUGUAAAUUAGGCUGCGUUGGGGAUGUACAUAUAUUUG